AUGCCCCAUCGAGGCGGAGCCACGACACCACAGCCCGAGCGGGCGGACAGUCCAUUGUCCUCAGCUGCACGAGAUGCCUUGCAGAGCAAUCUCGACAACACCUUAACUUUGAAUAGGAAGAAGUCGUGGUUCGGUAGCGCUCGCGAGGUCUUUCAACGAGGUGCAAAAGGGGUUGUUGAGCACCUACGAAGUGGUGAUCGAAAGGGCAGCCAAGAAGAUGCCCAAGAGUACGUCAACAUCGCGAAUUCGAUUGCUAAUACUGACGCUGCUAGAAAUGUCGACGUCGAGCUGCCAAAUGCCGACGAGGAGAACAGCUCUGGAUCAGCGUCAGUGGGUGAAUCUCACAGUUCGCUCACGCCGCUUCGGCCGACGCGCGCUGAGCGUCAGAAGACCUUCACUCCCAAGAGCGCCAUGAACAGUCUUCGACAGCAUAUCCAUGCAAGUGGGAAGGAGAAGAGCAGGCGUGCAGCAUUGUCAGACAUCACCAGCCACGGAGUCAAUUCCGCCCAGCCAGUAGGACGAAUCUCGACAGAGAUUGCGACAGCCACUGGGAGUUCUCAGCGUGAGAUGAAGAGCCCUACAAGGCAACACGGCAGGACGUCAAGCGUUGCACGAAGUGUCAUCGGAAGCUUGCGUGGGUUGAGCCGUAGAGGCACGAUGUCGGAUCCGACUUCACCAGCCAGCGACAACGGCUCGCCGACAAAACGAGCAGCGUCGAUUCCACUGCCAUCGUCGCCUAUUGAUGUGCCAGCGCCGACGCUCAAACUAAACCUGCGCGAUUCGCCAAGUCUAUCGGCAGGGUUUCUCUACAGCCCGGCCAUGAUCGACCAGAAUUCAGAGCUGAUGUCAAUCACCAACCCAGUCAACCAGGACUCAAUGAAAGUGCCAACGUAUUAUACCCGUUUGCCAGGAGAAGGUCCUGCGGAUGCUAUUCUGGCCGGCAAGGGCAACAGCAGACAAGUGCCAGGUGCCGUGAGUGAGUUCCUGCGGUUGCCCACAGAUGAAUUUGAGUUCAGUACACCGGACCGCCCCUCGACACCGAUGCCAGGCACUGGCGCACAGCUGGAGCUCGACGGAAAUGUUGAUGUGUUCGAUGAGCCGCCUCUAUUUGAGCGGAGCGUAGAAGCGCGAGACACUCCAGAGAAGCGAGACAAUAAGACAUUGAAGAAGAUGAUAUCCUUGGACGCUUUAGCAGAGCAGCACAUUAGGGAUUCGCCGAGGCGUGGCAUCCGGCUUACUCCAUCGUCAGCAACGCACAAAGUUAGGAACAUCUCCAACACGACCUCAGGUAGCAACGACAUGCCGCCCCUCAAGCUGGCAGCUUUAUCGACCCCGAGUGCAGGACACCGAGAUCCGGUUAGCGGCCAGUGGAAAAGCGACGACCCAUUCGCACCCGGAAAUGCUGUUGGCGGGCUUGCCGCAACAUCCCCAGGAACAGUCAGCAGCCACGAGAAGUCGACAGCUACUCCCGGAGCCACGGUGCAGUCAACAAACCACAGUGGUGGCUCGGAAACGGACAGCCCAGCACUCCAGCAACGCGCUAGUUCAACAGCGCAGAAGAGGACGCCGUCGAGAGAAAGAGAAUUGCUGUCCGAGGGCGCCGCACUGCUUGGACAAAGUGCAGCACGAAAGAUCGCAGCAAGAGCGAUUUCAGGAGAAGCAACCACGUUGGGUGCUCCUGAAGCAACAAGAAAAGUGCCAUCCGGGGCGGAGAAAUUCGAGGCUCCGCAAGACGAUACCAAGCAUGUUCUUUCACAAACUUCGAGUCGCCUGAGCUCGGCACAGUUUGAUCAAUUCCACCCGGAGCACUUUCUUGGCUUGGAAGACUGCGAGCGCGGUGAUCCGCCUCCGAGCAUGGUCGAUUCUGUGGAGGGCAAGUCGACAACAGACAGGUGUAGAUGUGAGAAUGAUCAUCCAAGCACCGCGCCGCUGUAUCAGCGCGUUGCGCAAUCCCAGACUCCAAGCCCGUCUCGGCUGUCUACGGGAUUGGGGCGCUCAUCAGACGUUGGCGAGGUCUUCUGGAGAUUUUCCGUCCAAGAUUGGAUGCACAAAGGCGGCCAUGCAGCGACGCCAAACUUGGAACCGUCACCACGCCAAGGCUCUGUGGCCAUCAGCAUCGACUCUGUAUCGGACCGCAGAGUGACACCGCCAGUGAGUCCCACUGUGACAACUCCAGGACCCUCGCCGAGCAUGGGUGAUCGCCUGAGUUUCGAAUUGAAGAGGUCAAACCGCAACAUGAGAUACAAUGCGCUCACAGAGACAAGCAAUGAAAGCUCUGUCGACCAUGAGGAUGACGCGAGGGGCCCUGCAAGCAUGCGUCCCGCUACGUCAAAUCCAUUCAGCUUGCCACAUAAUGGUGGUGUCAGCAAAGCUGCGAAACGCGAACAAUCUUUCCCAACAUUCGAGAGUGUGUUUCCCCCAUCAGCAAGAUCGUCACCUUCGAGGAGACGUUCACCAAAGAGAUCUGCGGAUUUUGACCCAAGCUCAGACAGCAUAGAGUCUGGUUUGCAAGAGGCAAUCACCGAUCAUCAUGUGUUCCAGAACGCCUUGGCUGGUGCAGACUUCCUAGAAUCUCUGGAAGCUGGACGUCCAGCCACGGCCCAGGCCGGGCAUGAUGAUCCCGAAAAUGCUUCGAAUCUUGCUCCAUUAGCUGAAUGCGAAACGGCCGAUUUGAAGGACUCUUCUCAGUCAGAUGGCAUACGUGUCGAUUUACUCCAGUCUUCCUCCCACAAGGAUCGAGAAUGCUCAGCCAAAGAUGAUGAUGGUUCCUGUGAUGAGGUCCCAGGCGAAGAGAAUCUGGCCAGUGCACAAGAAGAUCGCGACAUUGAUGCUGCAGCGACGGCACAGUCCGACACUGAUUCUUUGGAUGAUUGUCUCCACCUUUACCAGAGUUACGAAGCAUGUCAAGGGCGCUUCCCGGAAGAAGCUCCAUCUUCGGACGCCGUCAUCUCGUCCAGUCCGCCUGCGAAAGGAGUCACGUGGCCAAAGUGAACUCAUAGGUCCAUUGGGUAUGUGCAGCAUGCAGGCCUGGCGACAUUAUGGGUUUUGGGUCUGCUCAGUUGGCUUUCCGUAGUGCGAAACAGGAUAGGACCCAUUCAGAGAGUAUGCUGUGGAUAGUAUCCUUAAGGUAACAUCUUGGUAUUGCUCAGGUUGAUGUAGACCCGUAGACAGUAGCUGAACAAGUCGCAGAUUAAGCCUAUGUCCAGAGAGCGUAGCGAUGGGCAGCGUGC